AUGUCGCCAUUUACCUUAUCUCCUAGCGUCAUUCUUUAUUGCGGUCGUAUUAAACACCUAUCUUACGCCGGACUACCUUUCGCCGUGCUUGGAACCACUCUCCUAUUCCAAUUCCGUACACCAGACUCGCACUUCGGUUAUCUCGUCAUGUGCAAGAUGUUCAAUGGCAUAGUGAUGGCAUCCGUUACUCACCAGGAGAUCGCCGUGGUACUCGCAAUGUUCGGUCUUUUUGGCUCCAUUGGGGCGGCCAUCGAACAGGCCGUUGCUAGAGCGUUGUGGACAAACAUCUUACCCGAUGCACUAUACGACAACCUGCCCGAUGGCAGCAAAAAUCUGUGGACCAGUAUCUACGCAUCCAUCGUAACACAAAAGUCCUAUCCGAUGACUUCCCAAUUCGCGAUGCGAUUACUGUUGCCUAUGCGGAUGUUCAGAGAAAGAUGGUAA